CCGGCCUGCGGGCUGGAGCGGGUGGCCGGUGUGGCGGCGGCUGGGGGCUUUCGUGGAGGAGGAGGGGGUGCCGGAGCCGCCGGCGAGGAGGAGAUCAGCCCCGAGGAUGACCAGAGAGCCAACCGCACGUUGUUCCUGGGCAACCUGGACAUCACCGUGAGCGAGUCAGAUUUACGUCGAGCUUUUGACCGUUUUGGGGUCAUCACCGAGGUGGACAUCAAAAGGCCGGGGCGCGGGCAGACCAGCACGUAUGGUUUUCUUAAAUUUGAAAAUCUGGACAUGGCGCACCGGGCCAAGUUGGCCAUGUCAGGAAAGGUGCUUCUGCGCAACCCCAUCAAGAUUGGGUAUGGUAAAGCCACGCCGACUACCAGGCUCUGGGUGGGUGGCCUUGGGCCCUGGGUGCCCCUCGCUGCCCUGGCCAGGGAGUUUGAUCGGUUUGGCACCAUUCGCACUAUCGAUUACCGCAAAGGUGAUUCGUGGGCCUAUAUCCAGUAUGAGAGCUUGGACGCGGCGCAGGCAGCGUGCACCCACAUGCGUGGUUUUCCUUUGGGUGGGCCAGAUCGCCGGCUCCGCGUAGAUUUUGCUGACACUGAGCAUCGGUACCAGCAGCCCUACCUGCAGCCUCUGCCCUUGCCGCCCCCUGCUCAUUACGAGCUCGUGGCGGAGGCGGCUGCUUUUGGGGCUCACCGGGGAGCCCCACCCGAUCCUCUUCGGGGGGCCCGGGACAGGACGCCACCGUUACUCUAUAGAGACCGCGACAGAGACCUUUAUCCUGAGACAGAGUGGGUGCCACCCCCGCCCCCUGUACGGGAUAGGAGUAAUCGGGCAGCUGCCUAUGACCCACUGGAAAGCCUAGAGCGCCGCCGGGAUGGUUGGUCCUUGGAACGGGACCGAGGGGAGAGGGAAUUGGGCAGUAGUAGUAGGGAUCAGCCUAGGAAACGGAGACUGGCGGAGGAUGGAGGCCGGCACUUGGACCGCUCUCCAGACAGCGAGCGCUCUUCUUCCUCCCGGAAGCGUCACUGUUUAGCCACAACCUCUCCACCGGACCGCAGCCCCGAGCUCCUUGGAGGGAGGGAGCGUUACAGUAGUGACCCUGAGCGCUCGUCCUCCCGCUUGCUCCUGUUGGAGCGGCCCUCGCCUGUCCGGGAAUCGCGCAGGGGCAGCCUGGAGCGGGGUCAGAACGAAAAGCGUGACCGCAAGAAUUCCGCCGAACGGGAGCGGAAGCAUCGCGCUUCUGCGGCAGCCGUCGCCCAGGAGUGCAAAAGUCCGGCCAAAAAGGAUGAGCGCGCUACGGAAGGAGGCGGCGGAGGCUCCCGCCUCAAACCUCCUCCUCAGAAGCAGCAGCAGGACGGAGCGUCGCAGGCCGGGGGAGCCCCCAAGCUGUGCUUGGCUUGGCAGGGGAUGCUUCUGCUGAAGAACAGCAACUUCCCGUCCAAUAUGCACCUGCUUCAGGGGGACCUCGGUGUUGCCAGCAGUCUCCUCGUGGAGGGAGCGACUGGGGGGAAAGUAGCUCAGCUCAAGAUCACCCAACGUCUUCGCCUGGACCAGCCCAAGCUGGAUGAGGUCAAUCGUCGCAUCAAAGUGGCGGGUCCCAACGGCUACGCCAUCCUUUUGGCCGUGCCCGGCGCAUCAGACAACCGCUCCGCAGCUGGAGCUGCCGAGGCUGCCACCACCUCCACCCAGAGGCCACUCAGGAAUCUGGUGUCCUAUCUAAAGCAAAAGCAGGCUGCUGGGGUGAUCAGCCUCCCUGUGGGGGGUAACAAAGACAAGGAGAACAGCGGGGUCCUGCACGCCUUUCCGCCCUGCGAUUUCUCCCAGCAAUUCCUGGACUCCACGGCCAAGGCGCUGGCCAAAUCAGAGGACGACUAUCUGGUCAUGAUCAUUGUCCGUGGGGCGUCCUAAGGCCCUCAUGUUCUCUGUACCCAACCCUGCCUACUCCUCCACACAGCCCCUCCAGCGUGUGCCAGGUGCUAUGGGAUACAGCCUUAGCCAGCCCUGUCAUUAUUUUAAAUUAGAUCUUUGUUUGUAGGUGACUUUCCUUGCCCGUUUUUCUGUUACUACAUUUUUCUAUAAAGUUAGAAGCCAGAAAGGUUGGUUAGCCGGUAGCGUGAAUAGGAUAUUUUGAGAAUCCCCUCUCAGUGGGGAUAGCAGGGAGGCUAGGCCUGCUUCGUUUAAAAA